UUGGUCACGUGACGGGAAACCUGCUACUACGCUCCUUGCAGCCCGUCAGGCCAAACAGAGGGAGGCUAGCUGUUAGCUUCAACUGGCAAAGAUGAGUUUUCUGAGAGGAUUGUUUGGGCCUGUAUGUGAGAUAGACGUGGUGCUGAAUGAUGCAGAAAACAGAAAAACUGCAGAGCUGAAGACAGAAGAUGGAAAAGUGGAGAAACACUAUCUGUUCUAUGAUGGAGAGUCGGUAGCUGGAAAGGUGAAUCUAAAUGUGAAGCAGGGAGGGAAACGGUUGGAGCAUCAAGGCAUCCGCAUCGAGUUUGUUGGACAGAUAGAGCUGUUCUCUGAUAAGAGCAAUACCCAUGAGUUUGUGGACUUGGUGAAAGAGCUGGCUUUGCCUGGAGAACUAACCCAGAACCGAAGCUACGACUUUGAGUUCAUGCAGGUGGAAAAGCCCUAUGAGUCGUACACCGGAGCAAACGUCAGACUCAGGUAUUUCCUCCGGGUGACAAUUGUUCGCCCUUUGUCUGAUUUAGUGAAAGAAUAUGAGUUAAUUGUUCACCAGCUGGCCACUUAUCCAGACGUAAACAACUCCAUUAAGAUGGAGGUCGGCAUUGAGGAUUGUCUGCACAUCGAGUUUGAAUACAAUAAAUCCAAAUAUCACCUGAAGGACGUGAUAGUCGGGAAGAUUUAUUUCCUCCUGGUCAGGAUCAAGAUCCAGCACAUGGAGCUGCAGCUCAUCAAGAAGGAGGUCACAGGCAUCGGUCCCAGCACUACCACAGAGACAGAAACGGUUGCAAAGUAUGAGAUCAUGGACGGUGCUCCAGUUAAAGGAGAAUCAAUUCCAAUCAGACUUUUCCUGGCAGGAUAUGAUCUGACACCCACCAUGAGGGAUGUUAAUAAGAAGUUCUCCGUUCGCUACUUUCUAAAUCUGGUGCUGGUGGAUGAGGAGGACAGGAGAUACUUUAAACAGCAGGAAAUUGUUUUGUGGAGAAAAGCUCCAGAGAAGCUGAGAAAAAGAAACUUCCACCAGCGCUACGAGUCGCCCGAGCCCAGAAGCCAGCCGGUCUCUGCAGAGCAGCCGGAGAUGUGAGGGUCACACCCAGAAGAUCUGAAGGCAAACACAUCACAGCUUCUUUCUGCAAAACAGCCAGAGGUUUGAGGGCUGAAGCUGCUCUCUCCAUGGACUGACAGAUGUCUGUAAAACACAAAUACACAGAAGUUAUCUUUAGACAUCCCCUGCACACCUGCUCACCAUUUCACAGCUUUCAAUGGGAGCUGCCACUACUCUCACCCAGAACUGAAACACAGAUCCAUACGACUGCAACAACACGUCUGCUUAAACCUGAAUGUCAAAGCUAAAAUGAAAAUCAGCCUAAAAAAACAAUGAGAUGCCCAAUUUAGUUGUAGCUCCUCCAGACAAGCACACAUGCAUAAAGCCAUACGGUCCCAGUCUGCUGGCCAUGCAAAGUGUUCAGGAAGAAAACGGAAGAGCAGCACUUCUCCCCUCUGAAUUGAGAGUUUCUCUUUUCAAAUCAUCUCUCAUCCUGGACUUUAUCUCUCACACUUUACAUAAAACCAACAAACCACUACUUAGAGCUGCAUGAACUACUCCUAAAACGAAAGGCUUCAAAGACCAGAAGAGACGACGCUAUGGGGGCAACACCUAUGUCCUGCAUUUAUGUACACUACGUGACUGAGCUGGAGCGUCAAGGAUUUCAGCGCUGUUUUAUAACUGUAAACGACUUUGCAGCAGUUUAAAGACCUAUCAGCAGCAUUCUGCUUUAAUUGGGGAAUCGAGUGCAAUAAGUGUUCACAACAAUAUAAAAACCCACAAUAUAGUUCUGACUGAGGAAAAUCCAGUUCCACCUCUGGUUGCUGUACACAACCGAAUAAAUUCCCCCAAAGUACUUGAUUUAAUGAUUUAUCUUAAGGUGAUUUAUUUAGGUUAAAUCUGCAGGUUAGUUUUUUUUCUUUUACAUAACAGAGAAACAUUUCUUUCUGCUUAGAUGGAUGGAUUACAUGUCAUUAAAAUUAUCUGUAAUGUCAACAGAAUCUAUAUUCAUGGUUAUGACAUGUUUGUUAACGUCUGGGCGCCACUUUGUGUUAGAUCCUUGUCAGUGCUGUCUAUGUCUGAAAUACUGUAUGUAUGCAAAAUCGUAUUGUAAAAAUGAGAAGCAUUUUCAGGGUUUCGCUGCUGAAAUUCAAAUUAAUUUAAUUAGAGUGAACCAUUAGAGAAUCCUAAUGUGAAUUUGUCUAUUGCAUUUAAUUUGUUUUCUGCCAGCUGACCAGUCUCUGUGUGAAACGGUUUCCUUUCAUUUCAGCAGCUCAAAGAUAGAAGGUUGCAGCUGUGCAGCUGAUUUUAGACUCAAAUUUUCCAGUGUUGCUGUACAGCUGCCAGUCCGAACCUUCAGCCUGUAUAUUUACUGAUCAUGUUAGUCUUCAGGGGUUAAAGCUUUUUGAGCCCACUGGUUCGAUAUAUUCAGAAUAAUAAUGUAACUAACGGUUUUUGACUUCUGUUGUUAAAACAGGAAGGGAUGUACUUUUCACAUAACUGUAAAUGCAACUAUGUUCCACUGUGAUGCUCAGACCUGAGGUUUAGGUCUUGCUUUAAUGACACUGUUACCAGUCCCAUGUGAUUUAUUUUUUUCUGCCUCUAGCUCUGAUCUGAGGACAGCUUGCACUUUGCUCUACAGUGCUGUACUUAGUGUUGAAGGUGAAUAUUUCCUGAAAGUUAUCAUCACUCAAGGAGCAACUUGACCUCAGUUUUUCUGAGUUUUUUUCUUUUCACUACACACUUUAAUUCAGCUUUAUAUUUUUAUUUAUUUUGCCUCUUUCACGUUUGGACAGUGGCUGCAUUUUGCUGUUACAUUUUUAUUUUUUCUUAUAGUGUAUGAACAGACAGAUCAACAGUUCAGGUUUCCUCUGUCCUUUUAUUCUGGUUUUGAUCCUGUAAUUUGCAUCUAUAAUGUUUAGAAGGGGUGUAAUUUAUUGAAAAACAAAUCUUUUAUUUUGCUUAAUCUUUUGGAUUAAAUGUUUUUUUUUUUUCUUCAAUGGUUAGAAGUUGUGAAAAAAGCUUCAAAGCCUAUAUCCUCUGUCUCUUUGUUUUCUGCAUGUUUGUCCACUCAUGCCAUCGUGUGACUGUGUGUAUGAGAUAAUGUGUGUAUAUUCCAUACACCAAACCCCGAAUAUAUAGCCUAAAUUAAUCACAAAUAA